UUUCUCUGAGAUGUGGUGCCUUGUUUUUGGGUGUCCACGUUCAGCCCCAGGCUGUGUUGGGGGAGUGGCCUCGGGCAGUGUCUGAGCUCACUGUGAGGUUGGGUUACCUCUACUCACCUGGGCUUCCUGAGUACCACUCGACUGGUGUGGUGUUUCAGUCCUUGCCUUGCUGUGCUAAGGAGGAGGUGCCCCUCCCACCAGAGAGGGACUUGCCCUCUCACAGGCACCCCUCCUGUGGAGUAGGGGGGAGCAUUCCAUUCUGUGUCUGGACCAUGUGUGUCCACUUUUCCUCCCAGAAUUCAUUCCACAGCUGGCUCAGUGGAGGUUUUCUGGAGUGGAGGUGCCUCUCCAAGCCCCCUAACCCAGACUCCAGCCCAGGCCCCGAGCUGGAGGGCUUGGGGAGGGCCUCCCCUGGCCCACUGGGAACCAAGCCCAUAGCCAGCGCUGUGCCAUUUUUGAGCCUGAGUCUGGAGAAGUACUUCCCACCAGCCAGGCCUGGCGCUGGCCACGUGUCCUCAGGUCGGGGCCAGGGUUCGGGGAUCUGAAGGGUCAGAGACUAGGGAUGGUUCUGCUCUGGGCGCUGGACUGUGGGCCAGGGCUGGCAGGCCGAGGGGCCAGGUCCACUUCUGCAGGGGGGCGGUUGAGCGGCCCAGACCCCCAAGUCCGCGCCGGCGCGUGCGCACGCGCACACACACACACACACACACACACACACCCCGCAGGUGCACACACGGGCAGUGGGUGGUUCAGCGCCCCCUGGCGAGCCCUGGAGAGGCGCCGGCGUCCUUACCCUCGUGCUCGCCUGCGUUUCUGGGGCUGCUGGUCCUCGGCCUAACACUGCGACCUCCCCGCCUUCAGGGGCAGCGGCCCCGAGGCCCAGCCUCGCUGCACCCUCCUGGCCGUCGCGACUUGGUCCUGCCCUGUGAGAUGUGGGGGGCCCCGCGUUUGGGGCCCCAGUCUCUUCCUCCUUCCGCUCCGCACGCUCGCUCUUCCGGGCUCACCUGGACACCUGCGCCCCAGGGCCCCUCCGCGUGCCCUGCCCUCUACCCCUUUCCGGUUCUCUGCAGCCCGGCCCUUGCGCCCUUGCCCACCUCCCCGCCCUUCUCUGGGCGCCCCCUUCUGCCUGACUCGAAGGACCCAGGGGCCCGUAGGCAGUGGGCACGCGCGGUGGCUGCGCCUGUCCCCGACCUGGGACUCCGGGUGGAGGGGUUGCUCGCACGCUCGCUGUGGGUCACGCCUCCUCCUGGGGUUGAGGCCCCCGUGGUGCUCUGCCAGCAGGACGUCGGGGCGUGUUCAGCCGAGUUCCGGGACAGGGCGCUGGGGGUGGCAGCGAUGCUCGCAGGAAUGACGUGGUUCCUUAGCGUCUCAUUUCUCACUUAUCACGGUCAGUUGACUCCACCGCCGCGAUGACCGCACCAGGUGCAGACCCCCCGGGCGCCGUGCGAGGUACCCCGUGUGCUUUAAGCCCACUUUGCAGGUGAUAAACUGAGGCUGGGAUAAGGUCACGGCCGGUAAGUUACUGAGCGGGACUUGAACCUGGAGCCCACCCUGGACCCGUAUCCAGCACGCAUCCUGUACAUUCGGUGCCCACCUGGUUCCUCUUGCCACCUGAGCCUCAGACUGCUCCCAUGCUCUGGAGGGCCCUUGAUUCCUCUAACCGAAAUGGCUUGUUUUGUUAUUAUUACCAUAGGGGUAAAAUAGUUAUUGAUGCAACUCGAACGUGAAGCCAUCAGCCUUUCCUGGGCAAGCACUUGGCAGUGUUUUGUGGCAAAGGGCUGCGCCCUUGAGGCAGCAGGGUUCACAGUGGCCUGGCUGGCCUCCGCACAGCUAAGGACAGGCCACCUGUGGUGCCAGGUCAGGCUGUAGGCACGUGUGGGGCCAGCUGACUGUCCACUGGCACCUGCCCAGGGUGGGUGGGUUCCGGGGUUCAGCAGUGAUCUGGUCUGCAGCCCAGGACAGGGCCAGCCUCCCGGGGGGAUGGAUGCUCCCUGGGCAUACAGGCUUGACACGUGGUGUCUGUGCAAGCUGACCCACUGUGGGCCCGCGAGCCUGGACCCUGAGCCACAGAGCCUGAGGCCUGGUGGGACCUGCUGGCUCACCCUCAGGGCCACAUGGUGCCAGCCGGGAUGAUGGCUCUGUGCUCUCUUGUCCCCAUCACCCAGCAGGAGCCAGUAGGGAAACUGAGUCACGGGAAAAGGCCUUCCUCUGUCGGGGGGCCAAGUGACAGGUGAGACUGCUUACUGGGUAUGGGAUACUGGGUGGAUUUGUGCAUCUCGCUCUCUGAGCCUGAGUUUUUCCUUCUGUAAAUUGUUGGAUUAGGGGAGUUAGAUGACACACAUUCAGCGCUGGGUGGUUAUCUUUGUGAUUAAACUGCACCCAAACCCUGACCACCCAUUCCUACAACCACCAGGGAUGGGCCCCCCUCUAGUCUCGGUAGGAAGCAGCUGGCUGCCCCAGGGGCUCCCUGAUGGGGGGUGCUGGGCAGACUGAGCGAACCACGGGCAUGGUGAUGUGCUUCUGGUCAGUCCCGUACCUAGGCCUGAAGGCCACAGGGAGGGCAGGUACCCGAGUCCUGAGAGAGAGCAGGGGCCGGAGGGGCACCCAGUGGGAGCCCUGGUGGAGAAGCCUGGAGUGGGGAGGGGGCAGUUGAGUGGGGGUGGGGCAGGAGUCACCAGCCACCAGCCAUCCACGGGCCAGAUGGCAGGGCUGCCACCAUGUGACUACAGGAGCGUGUGCCUAUCUGGGGCGCCAGAUCCGCUGAUGGUGGCUGGUGGUGCCGCCAGGUCAGCGCUGGUGUACCGAUGCACUCCUGUGGACAAGGCCGACCUUGGGGAUAUGGGUCAUGGCCAGCCGGGCACUGCAGAACUCAGAGGGGACAGAAGCGUGGUGGAGAGUCGCAGGAGGGUCUGGCGGUCGGACCCGCAGCUGCUGGCGCAGUUCUACCACGCGGACGAGGAGCUGAGCCAGGUGGCCGCUGAGCUGGACAGUCUGGACGGGCGGAAGGACCCCCAGCGCUGCACGCUGCUCGUCAGCCAGUUCCGCUCCUGCCAGGACAACGUGUUAAACAUCAUUAACCAGAUCAUGGAUGUGUGCAUCCCCCAGGACCGCGCCCCACGGGAUUUCUGUGUCAAGUUCCCCGAGGAGAUCCGGCACGACAACCUGGCCGGCCAGCUCUGGUUUGGCGCCGAGUGCCUGGCAGCUGGCUCCAUCAUCAUGAACCGCGAGCUGGAGAGCAUGGCCAUGCGGCCGCUGGCCAAGGAGCUGACCCGCAGCCUGGAGGACGUGCGCGGCGCCCUCCGCGACCAGGCGCUGCGGGACCUCAACACCUACACGGAGAAGAUGCGGGAGGCGCUGAGGCACUUCGACGUGCUGUUCGCCGAGUUCGAGCUGAGCUACGUGUCGGCCAUGGUGCCCGUGAAGUCCCCGCGGGAGUACUACGUGCAGCAGGAGGUCAUCGUGCUGUUCUGUGAGACGGUGGAGAGGGCCCUGGACUUCGGGUACCUGACCCAGGACAUGAUUGAUGACUACGAGCCAGCCCUCAUGUUCACCAUCCCCAGGUUGGCCAUCGUGUGUGGCCUCGUGGUCUAUGCGGAUGGACCCCUGAACCUGGACCGCAAGGCAGAGGACAUGUCCGAGCUCUUCCGGCCCUUCCACACGUUGCUGCGGAAAAUCAGGGAUUUGCUGCGGACCCUGACCGAGGAGGAGCUUCACACGCUGGAACGGAACCUCUGUAUUUCCCAAGACGUGGAGUUCCCCAUCCGGGCGGACACCCCGGUGCCCCCUGCCCUGGAGCCCGCCCUGCCCGCACCCCUCGGCCCGGCGGAGCCCAGGCACGCAGAGGCGGAGCUGGCGUGCUCCGUGCAGGACGACGACCAGGAGCUGGAGCAGCUCAGCCGCAUGGUGCACAGGGCUGGGGACGCGAUGUCCUCUCUCCUGUCCCCGCCCAAUGCCUGCCAGUCCCCCGCGCACGGGCCGGGCGCCGAGCGCGGUGCCCUCGGGCAGGCAUCCCCGGGCGGACCACGGCUGCCGCCGGGCAGCGACGAAGAGGAGGGGAGGGUGUUCUUCAUGGAGGAUGUGGACGGGGCGGCAGAGCCCCCGGGCGGCCGGUGUGGGCGGGCGGGCGGCCCCCAGGAGAGAGGGCGGGGCGGGGAGAGCCGAGGGGCGGGGGCCGGAGCAGCCGCCGCAGCCGAGCCGGAGGACCUGAGCGGCAGCAGCGGCGUGCAGGGCGACCAGACGCGGGCAGUGGGCCCUGGCUCUUGCAGCUGCCCGGACUCCCAGCCGCAGCUGGAUGGCUGGGAGGCGAGUGCGGAGGACGCCCAGACGGCCGAGCUGAUCGCCCACCGGACGGGGGGCAUGAAGCUCUCGGCCACGGUCAUCUUCAACCCCAAGUCGCCCAGCUCCCUGGACUCUGCCCUCGCCAACCCAGAAGUCCUCGGAAACGGCGUCUCCCCCGGGGAGCCGGCGGCCGAGGGGACGGAGGGCGGCCCCCACAAACUCAGCGCCACGGCUGCCAACAGCCUUCUGAACUCCUGCGUGUGCUGCAGGGGCUGCGCGGGCAGCAGGGAGGACGCGGCGGAGAGCCUGCGCGGCAAGUGCGGCUCGGGAAGCAUCAUCCGCUCCUCUUACGUGGGCUCCGCCAAGGCCUGCGCCAAGGGCUCGGCCGCGGGACUGCUGGAGGUCCGGCCUACCCCGGAGGCCUUGCCCACGGCGCUGGGCGUCCCAGACCCCGGGCCCUCCGAAGACGCCCCCGGCGGGCAGGAGCCCAAAGCCCCCACUUCCGACAAGUGCCUGGCACACACCUCAGGGCCCCUGGUGGACGCGGCAGACGGGCUGCCUGGAGGGGGCGGCGGAGCGAGUGAGCAAAAGGAGGCUGAGGCCUGGCAGCCCUCGGAGGCCGGGGAGGAGAGUCGGCGUGGAGGGGCGGCCGGGGAGGAGGCCCAGCACCUGCCGGGCUCCAGCGGCUUCACGGCCGGCUCCUGCCCCUCAGACGAGAUGGGGCCGGACGCAGGCCCCGUGGCCAUCAGAGAGAAGAUCCGGUCCCGGUUCCACGGCAGCCACGACCUGAUCCACCGCCUGUUUGUCUGCAUUUCAGGCGUGGCCGACCAGCUGCAGACCAACUACGCCAGCGACCUCAGAAGUAUUCUCAAGACCCUCUUCCAGGUCAUGGCCACCAAGCCGGAAACGGACGACAAGGAAAAGCUAAAGAAGGUCACCCAGACCCUGCGGAGCGCGGCCUUGGAGGACUGCGCUCUGUGCCAGGAGACCCUGUCAUCCUCCGAUCUCGCAGCCAAGACCCGAGAUGGAGACUUGGAAGACCCGCCCGAGUGGGUCCCGGACGAGGCCUGCGGCUUCUGCACCGCGUGCAAAGCCCCCUUCACCGUCAUCCGCAGGAAGCACCACUGCCGGAGCUGUGGGAAGAUCUUCUGCUCCCGCUGCUCUUCGCACUCGGCACCGCUGCCCCGCUACGGGCAGGUGAAGCCCGUCCGCGUGUGCACGCACUGCUACAUGUUCCACGUCACGCCCUUCUACAGCGACAAGGCGGGCAUCUGACACGGUGCCCCAAGCCCGCGAGGGCCCCAAAGGACGCCAGGGAGGAGGUGCCGAGGAGGAGGCCUCCGGCCACGGGAGGGUCUUCACUGCAUUUCAUCCAGCUGCCGCCAUCACCUCUGCCAGGGCUGCAGGCCGCCCUGACUUCCAGAACGUCCAGGACCUCCGCCCCACCCGCCCUGGCCUCCACACCCGUGGGGACCCCAGGCCAGCCGCAGGGGCCAACAGGAGGUCAGCUUCAGCCAGUGGGGGGACCUGGGGGUGCCAGGCGGCUUCCUGGGCAGGAUGGGCUUUCCUCCCGCCCAUCCGCCUGCCCCCCUGCCCUGCUGAGAUGCGGCGUUGAGGCUGAAACGUAGCAGAAGGUCCGCCCUGCAAGGGGAAAGUGGGGAUGGUGUCUGAGCUCAGGGCAGCCUCGGCCCCUGGGGCUGAGUCUGGGGAGAUGGUGGACACCUCUGGGGGCCGGCAGGGUGGGGGGGGGGGGCCUGGGGCACCGCAGGGCUUCCCCACACGCUGGCCAAACCAGAAAGACUAGGCUUUUCUCUCUCCAGGGCCCUGAGCCCACAGCUGCCUGCCCCCUGCUCCCCUCAGGACCUUGUCUCAGCAGCAUGAGUCUCAUUGCUUGUUGGAGAGAGGACAUGCAGAAGCAGGCCUGGUGGUCCUCUGGGCAAGCAGGCGCGCCCCUGCUGCGGUCUGCCCACCCUGGUCCACCAGCCGAUGGCGGGGUCAGGUGGCAGGCAGAGGUUUCCCAGCUUCCGAGGCCAGGGCUCUCCAGGGGGCUGAGGACCCCCGGAUGUUGCCCGCUUGGCUGCCACUUCCCCUUUCCUCUGCACCCCUGGGACCCUGGCCCACCUCCUCAGACCCCAGAGUGGCCCCAGGCCCCAGCACAGACACCUCCUCAGGCUUAAAUCUCAGGCUUCACAUUGCAAUGACGAUUGCAGUUUUAUUUUUAGAGAGAUGACAUACCUACUGCUUCUUUUAUAGGAUAAAAUCCAAUUACUAUUUGACACUGGAAUACACACGCACAAAAACAGCUUCUGUGGGAGAAGAAAAGCAUAUAAUGGAGGGUAUAUUAUGUAUGGAGAUUAUUUUUAUUUUCUAAAUGCUGUAAUUCAAAACCAUUUCCAUAAAUCUA